GCGCCUUCCCUACUCUCUUUCCGUUUACCGUGACUCAUUUGCGUGUGGGCGCCUGCUCUAAAAGCCACCGCCAACACAUUUUCCCCUCUGCUAGCCUCGGAUCGCCGUUGGAGGGCAGCAGGUCGCCGGCCUCUGACUAAUCUUCUACUUUUGCUUUUGUGUGCGCCGUCACUGCAUGAUUGUUAUUUCUUCAACGACAUAUCUGACCGCAACGUGUGGGAUUUCACUUAUUUUCGAGCAAACGUGUCGCAGCGAUCUGGACCCCGGAGUCAGGGUGGAGAAAACCGGACCUCAAUGCUGAGGACACAGUUCCACUCUCAGUAGACGGUCAUUGAAAGUUCUCAUCGCAGGCAACUUUUUCUGCGUGCAUUCAUCAGAGGCUGUGGGUCCAUGUCCUUGACACUUCAACAUACGCAUGUGAGCGUCUCCAGCCCCACUCCAUACGCCAUUUCACUGUCGAAAACACGGGACCAAGCCCCGAGGAAACCUCUUUCUUUCUUGAGGGAAUGCCCAGGUUUCGGGUUCAGGCUCCUCAACUUUCAAAGGCGAGGAACCAACUGAGACUCAUUCUUUGUUGAACUCGAAAUUGAUGGGAUGCACUUGUGCCCAAUUCCGCUAGGAUUCACUGUGGCCAAACCUGUGAACUUCAUCAACCCCGCUCGUAGCCUGGAGGGUUACCACUUUCGGGACCUCCUCGCAGGGAGAAAAACACAUUAAACUUAUCGUAUCUUAUGUGUCUAUGUAUUUUCGAAUUUACCAGCAAGAGACUUCGAAGCUCUUCGUUUCCCCGACAGCUUUUCUACUUGUCGUUUGUCUUCUUGUGCGUCUCGAGCGCGCUGCGCACAACCGGAUCUCCGCGUCCAAAUAUUUCCAAUUGCUUUCAGACAGCCUCUUCGCUUAUGGAUAUGUGUAAUAAAUCAGUUUGAAGCCAUAGCGUUUUCGUCUUCCUUCUCCGAGAGUGACGCAAUUCUUUAGCACUCAGCCUCGAACUCGACACUUUUCGCUACCAAACCUUCUGAAUGAGCUACUCUUGUACUUUUGUAAAUGAAGGCCUUCAGCACCGGAGAGCGUUACACUUGAAAAAGAAUAAGGUUGUAUCGUGUCGUUUUAGCGAGCUUAUGAGGGUGUCAGCCUCUCCCUCUCCUUUCAAUUAUGCCUACCCUGGUACACCUUGCUUCUCUUUAACUCCUGUACCAGACAGGCCGGUCUUUUCAGGUUCGUUGUUUCCGGAUUUUUAGAUGUCUCAUUUUAAACGUAUCCGUGUUGCCGACAUCGGGCGUAGCAGUCGGCUCUCGCUUCACGAUUUUCCGUCAGGGAAUCGACCGCCGCCUGCGCGGUCGACUACCCAGUUAUCACUUUUCUCACUCUUCCACAAAAGGCACAAUGGAUUACGUUCCGGAGGAGUUUGUAGGGAAUUCGCGUCCUCUCCAUUCUUUUGGAGCGGGUGCGCGAGCUGAGAGACUCCGCCAAGACAUGGCGGCGGUGGGCAGUGUGGCUUCUGCGGCAAGCGCCCAGAUUUCCGAGCCCUACGCAAGCGGCAGUGAAGAAGAGGAAGUGAUGAUUGACGAUGAGGAGUAUCAGCUGAUUUUGUCUCCGUUCCACGCAUGCUCUCCCGCUCAACCCCCCUUGUCGCUUUGCGAAGAGACCCGAGCGGAAAACUCCCACUGCGAAACACCGAAGUUUGCCUCCACCGAGCGGGAAGAAGGCCCUUCACGGUCCUCUCUGCCUUCGCCUGCGCCGGGUUCAACGACCCAAGAAGAUCGGCAGCAGAAAGACGACGCGGCAAACGAUCGCGAAACAUCAAGUCCGGCCACUCGUUUCAGCAAGCCCGCUGUCUCGUCUCCCGCCUCAUCGCUCUCUCGAGCUGUCUCUCACCCAGCGUGCGAUGAUCGUGGCGAAGACCCGUCGGCGCAGCUCUCUGCUGCCGCCAGUCCCCAGACGAAGACAGAGCAGGUUCCUGAUUUGGAAACCGAGGCACCCGAUUCAGACGACGAAGACAAUACCUACGCAGUCCGCAUCGUGAUUACAGGCCCCGCAAGGUGGCGUGGCGACCUCUCCUUCCAGGGAACGCCUGCGAUGCUUUGCACGAUCCUUCGUUUGCGAAGGUGUGAAGAAACAACACAGCCAGAGAAGAACAACAGGGAGGAGCCGGAGGAAACUCCCUGCUCUUCAAAGUGGCGUGAGGAGAUUGUCCUCCAGAAAAGGGGUUGGGGGCCUCUUGUCCUCGAAGAGGUUCUUGUCCACGCUCGCAGGCUGCAGCAGGCAAAGCAGCAGCGGGGGAAGAGAGGAGAAGAAACUGAGGUUCUUUUGCUUCAUUUUCAUCGAUCGGUGGACGAGAUUCCCCGUCCAUCAGAGGACCAUCCGUUUAUCUUGCCUUCUGCCCUGACGCACGCGCCCCUCUCAGUUCUCCGGCUGCCGCUGUCUGACUUGGACUUGGGCCCCACAGAAUCAAAGUACCGUCUGACGCUUCCCCCUCCCAGCCCGUUUGCCCCCUCUCCUUCCUUUCUGCUGUCUCCUUCCUUCUCCGUCGAAAAACUCUCGAGGGACUUCGGCGAGGCCCUCCAGAACUCAACGCGAGGGGCGAAUCGCUGCAACGUCAUUCUGUUUUCUCUCAAACUCACGACUCUUCUCACAUCGCCGUCGACGCAGAAGGACCAGCUCUUCCUGCUCCACACUCAGCAACAGCAGCUGCGGGUGCGCUUAACGGCGGCCGCAUGUGGCGGGCCUUCGCCGCCGUUUCUGGCCUCUUCUCUGUCGUGCUCUGGCUCCAGAUCACUCGUCCUCGCAGACCACCUAGCCAAGCUGACAGCCGCCCAGAAAGCUCUCUCCCGCCGAGAGAGGCAGGUGGGGGGACGGGCAUGCGCCUCUGUUGUCCAGGGGCGAUUUGGCCGAGCUGACGAACGCCGCGCUGUUCCGGGCUCCGUCGUUUGCAUGCGUCGUGGCAGCAAUCCUUUAACAACUUCUGCUCCCCUGCUGCAGCCUCCCCUUCACUCCACGCAGGUCGCAUCCCCCCCCUCUGUUGUCUCCGCUCCCGCGCAUUCGCCUCGGGGCCUGGCCUCUGAGUCUCCAGAGGGACCCCAGGAGACUGCAGGCACUCACGAAGAUGAAUCUACGGCACCCGCGGCGACCCUGAACAAGGUAGGUUCUAGCGAGGUUCGAGGGGCGAAUGAGAAACCGGAAACGCAUGCGUCCGAAGGUCCUUCUACUAAAACCGGUCUCGUGAUGACAUGCCGGCCGGUCUCUGCUCCCUCGACCCGUUUGAUCCGCGUGAACGGGUCGCUGAAACAGAACUCGCGGGGAGUUGCGGACGACGCCCAGGAAAUGUCUUGGAGAUCUCAAAGCGAAAAGGACCCCAGCAAGAUGCUUGCUUCGCAGUCGGAAGCCGGCGUGGAGAGCCAUCUCUUCCUUGCGAUCCAGGGCCAGAAGUCCUGCCUCCCAAAGGGCAUCACAGGACACUCCUCCUCUUCGUGUAUAUAUGCGGAGACCACACAGAGGUCACCCGACUUUCAGGCAGAGGGGGGCGCAAGUCAGAGCGGUCUGUCUCUGCAGACGAUGCGUCUGAAACAGUCCUUCGCGCGUAUUAAAGGAGCACACUUUCGUCCUCCGAAGACUGUACUGAAUGCCGAACGCGACGUCGAAGACAUCUACCCCGACGACAGCGUCUCCGUCCACGGGGGCCAGUGCAGGAGACUGUACGCCGAGACCUCAGAACAGGAAGCUGAGGAACGGCGACGCGCCCCGAAGGCUGCUUCGUCCGAAACGGGCUUCUUGGCGAACCGAGAACGCGAUACGAGCGCUACUCUGAGCGCGUUCAGGAGAUCCACCAGCGACUUGCGAGGCCGGGAAGUUUGGUCGAGCGACGGAGAAACGAACAGCUGCUGCGACAGUGCGGGGACGCUGCUCUCAGACGCCCACUCCCGCAAAACUACGCUGACGUCGUCCAUCCAGAGAAUGAAUUUUCUGAUGAACCAGGCUCAGCUGCUACUCCAGCGGCGACAGCUGAAGCACCAGCAGAGAGUUAUGGCACUCCAACGCGAAGAGGAACGGGCGGCGCGAAACGUCUCUUGCGAAGCAGUAGUCAGUGGCGGGAUCGCGACAGAACGGAACGAAGCAGGGCGCCCAGACGCCCUGUUGGGGGGUGAGAAGGCGAGCAGGGGCCUCACCGCAUCGCAGCUGAGAACCGAGGAAGCGGGGCGGGCAGAGAAACUGAGGGGAUUGCAUGCGACGAAGAGCGGCGCAGAGCAUGACAACGAGAAAGAAGAAACAAGAGAAAGAACGCCACAGUCCCCGCAUGUCUCUGAUUGCAAAGAGAAAUUCGAUUCCCGAGAGAGGGUCGAGACCCCGCGACCGGCGAACUCAGUGGAGACAAGCUGUGCGUCGCCUUCGCCAGGGGAUGCGCUACAGAAGCCUUUUUUUGAGGAUCCGAAGGCGGUGGCGCGCGUUUUACAACCUAACAUCGUCGGCACAUCUGGAUUAACCUGCAAAGAGAAAAACGUGGAGGGCACCGACUGCCUUGAUGGUGUUGGCGAGACAGCAAAUGAAGGGAAGCUGUCAGAGCCCCCGACCGCUGUCCCAACAACAACUGGAAGCGCUGCGUGUGUCGAGGAGGGCCUCAAGUGUGAGGCCACCACGGUGUCGCCAGUGUCUCGGUCGGAUGAAUGCGAGGACGAAAGCGAAGAAGGCAUUUUGAACGAGGCGCGAGGCCGUGAACAGUCUCGGGAGGAGGUAAUUGCCUGUCCUCGUGUGAGGGACCCGCCGGACGCAGACGCCGUUUGUAAGCGAAAACCGCCGACCGAGGAAGUCACUGCAUCGCAGGCAAGGAACGAAGAAAGUCCCCUUCAAUCUUCGUCCUUUUCGCCUCCUCCUGACGGCGACGAAAAAGCCUGCUUCGCUCCUGCGCCUUCGCCUUCUCUGCUGUCUCUUCAUGUCAUGGCCAGUGGCGACGGUCCUCUCGAGUCACUCCCCCCUUCGUUUUCUCAUGUCCUCCCUUCUGAAGUCCCAUCUGUUUCGCAGAAAUCUUCUUUUGUGACAGCAGACCUAGCUCCUCAGACGCCGGUUCUCGAGUCCAUAGAGAGCUUCUCUUCUCUCCAACCUUCUGAGAAGGAUCAAAUGCAGACGGAGACGAAGGCAGCAGUGCCUGCAGUGACCUUUGAAACGAAAGCUGGUCCUCUUCAUGAAGAGGAUAAACAGAGCCAACUUCACGAGGAAGAACUGCGAACCAUCGUGGACCAGCUACGGGGAUACAUGGUGCGAAUCGAACAUAGAUUGUCCAAGCGACUUGCGAACAAGAAGAAGAAGCUCGGGAAGUGGGGAGAAAAGGCCUCCAGGAAGGGUGACUCCGGUGUGGGCGUCCCCGAUGCGGAAGGCCCCCAGGAAAAAGACCGGCGAAGAAGGUCGACGGGAAGGGAGACCGAAAACGAGCGUCUGUCGCUUGAUAAAGGCGGUCGCGCCUUCUCAUCGACCGAACGAGACGAGAUGCGGAGACACAAAGAGGAGAGCCAAACCUUGGAGGCAUGUCCCCAAAGAGCUCUGGCCGUGUGUGAUCUCUCUUACAUAGUUGCAUCUGGACCGGACAAGCGAAAGCCCGAGCAGGGACCCAGAGAUGGACAUCCAACUGCCGCUAGGCUCGACUCAUGCCCUGCUAGCGCGCAACAAGAAGCAUAUGCUCAGAAACAGAAAGAGGACCAGGCAGCGCUGGAACGUCUGGAGGCAGAAUGCCUGAGCGCACGAGCGGCCAUUGCAGCCUUGAAGGCCGACUUGGCAAGAACAGUGGAGGAGAAAGAAGCGCUGAGACAGGCAGGCGAGAAGAAGGAAGAAGAGCGAGAAAGGAAAGAACAGGCCCUUAAGCAGGAGAAGCGUCAGCUGGAACUCGCGUUCGAGAAAGAGAAGGCGGUAUUGGAGGAGCGACUCAGACGCGGCGUCGAGGCGGAGCAGGCGACGCGACACCGACAGACAGCAAAGGAAACAUCCGAUAAGAACGAGCCGGAUGACGAGGCAGCCGAGAAAGAGCAGUUGAAACUGCAUGCACGGAAGCUGGCAGCGGCCUACGGGGCGCUGUCCAAGAAGGUUCAACUCGAGGCGACAAUGCGAGACCAAGCGAUGAAGAAGAAGGAAGAAGAGAUGCGGGCGAUCCUCGAGCACCUCAAGAAGCAGGAGGCGCGGCUGCGCCAGAUAGACGAAGAAAACGGACGACUGCAGGCGCAGCUUCGCUCCGGCAGGGGCGACUCCGAGCGCUUGCGAAGUCAAGAUACCCCACCAUCUUCCAUUCAAGCGAGGGAAACUGAGGACCUCCGCCGACAGCUUCAAGAUGCGACGCAGGAGCUCACACGGCAACAGCAGAAGAUUCGCCUCCUCGAAGACCAGCAACGCAGUGUCGCUGUUUGUGCGUCCUCGUCUUCCUUCGUUUCCGGUUCCUCGUCUUCACCUACGUACCCGGGGGGGGUGAACCCAUGCGCUUCGCGGGGUCCCAGCGCCUCGCUCUCGUCGCCGGGCCUCGAGCAAGUCGAGAAACUCCAGCGCGAACUGGCCUUGGCUGAGAAGGACAGAAUCCGACUAUUGGCUUUGGACAAGCAGCGCGAGAAGGAGCGCCUGCACCUCGUCGACCUGUUUUCUCUACAGUGCAUGCGCGUGAAGGAGCUCGAGCAGCAGCUGCUCCAGAUCGACGAGCAGCUCGCCAACAUCCUGUCUCAAACCACGCGCGCGACGGCGUCUGCCUCGCGCUUCUCGCAUGCCUCUUGUCGAUCAGGCGGCUCUGAGAAACCCACUGGUGAAUACGAUUGUAUGGGAAACGCACAGAACGGGAAGGAGAAUGAGACAAUUGAAGGAAAAGAAAGCAGUUGUACGCCCUUCAAGCGAGGGGCGCCAGCCACGGAGAGCCCUCCCUAUUCGGGGGGCUCAGUGCCUUCCCGGGAGACAGAUGAAAGUGUCUCCUUUCGACCAUCCGUUCUCCAGCGUCUCCGGGGAAUGCGGGAAAGCAUUCGCCACAUGCAGUCGCGGCCUGGGACUCUGCCAUCCUCCCUGAAUGCGCAGUCGCUAGCGGGGCUGUCCAAGCCACUCGGCCGCAGAGAAGAAAGAGAAACUAAAAGCGAAAUUGGCUUCCUGGGGGGCCAGUCCCCUGCGGUCCACCCGCGCGAGAAAGGGCAAGGCAGGUCGCCUUUGGCCUCGCUUUCUCACUCUCACCCAGCGGCUUCAGGACGGGAGAUGGUCCACCUCACUGGUGUGCCUGGGUCACCUGGCCCCCCGACAGGGGACCCGGCGUCUGAGGCUGGGACAGAAGCCGGUAAAAGGGAGAGAAGCACUUCGUCGAGGAGGCCAGAGUCAGCCGGGGGCGCGAGUGUUCACUUUGCAGAGCCUGCCAAAGGCUUCGACCAUUCGACGCAGCGGUCCUCAAGUGAGCAACGGAGACUCGGGACUUCCGCAGCUCAGCCUCCGUUGUCUCGUCCUUCUGUCUCCACUUCUCAAACCGUAUUCGUCGGCAGACCGCUGCCCCGCUGCCGCUCCCCAGCGACCCGCCAGCUGUCGACCAGCAGUCACGCCGUGCUCUCUCCCGCGUCUGCGCGCUCACCCGAGCCCUCUGUCGUCUCCUAUGGCGCUGGAGUUUCAACGCCCGCGGGAGUCACGUUUCCCCUCCUGGGAAACCCACUGUUGCCUUGGGCGCAACCUGAGGGACCGAAGAACGACGCGCGCUUGCGGCGACUCUCAGGGGUCGGAUCCGAGGAGAAAGAAGAACGCCGAGGACGGAAUAGAGUCGGGGGCACCGAACCUCACAUGCGGUCUUCUUCUGCGCAGUCAGCGCCUUCUUCGGGGCUACAUAAAACUCCGGCAAUGCCUUUCGAUGCGGCCUUCGUCCCGUCCUACCUGAUGACGCAGAAACCCCACACGGGCCCUGUCUCCGUCGCAGCAGCGCCGACGCGCUACGCGACCCCCUUCGGCUCGUCGCUCAUGGGGGCCCGGCUGCAGGGCUCGGGGCUGCUGCAUGCGUCUCUGGCGAUGCAGAGAGACUGUGGUGGAACAGAAGAGAGGCUGGCGCGAUCUCUUUACCCUUCCCAGACGCGAGAGGUCUCUGACUGGAGAGGAAAGGUCGAUGGAGAGCGAGGCAGGGACAAAGGCCCUGACUCGAGACAGUGCAGGCCCUCUCCCGUAUAUCGCUUCGCCACGCCAACCAGGCUCGCCCAGAGGCUCCCGGCUGGCGACGAACGCGCCGUUUCUCCGGCCCUGCGUUUGGGAACUCCACUCAGACAGGCGACAGUGGGCCCUUGGCUGCAAGACGCUCUUCCGAGAUGACGCAAAAACGUACUAGGGAGAGACACGGUCGACUCUACUUCUGAAAAAGAAACUCGAGGAAUACAGGCUCAGAAUCUUAAUUAAAUUAUGCAUAAAUGUUUUUGAAUGUGAGAGUUCCCGUUGAGUUGUACAUGGGGUGUUCUUUUCCUUGUCUCGCAGCACGGUUCCAUGGUAUAUAUCUGUCCGCGCUUACCCUUCACACGUUCUUGUGUAAUAAAAGCAUGUUUGCAUGGAUGGCUCAGAGAAGAAACUUUUUACCGGUUAUCGAAAAGAUCCACCCUUGUCUUUUCACGAGUUCUUGACUUGAGGGCGACGGCUGUGAUCACCGAAGACUUUCAGAGUUCGCGGAAACAUCACAUCGCGUAAAUGUUGAAGUCUUGUGGAGUUUCACUUCUAGC